AUGAAGCUUGUUGGUUUUGCAAAGAGACAAUUGCAAGUUAUGAGAGAAUCUGGAUGGAAUUCUUUGGUAGAAGACGUCUCUUUAUUUUGUGUUAAGCAUGAUAUUGUAAUCCCCGAAAUGGAUAUGAAUUAUUCUCGUGGAAAGUCGAAGCGUAAGAAAUCAAGCGUUACAUAUUUUUAUCAUUUGCGUGUAGAGGUUUUCUAUACUGUUAUUGAUUUACAACUUUCGGAGCUUAACAAUCGUUUCAGUGAAGUGAAUACUGAUAUACUUCUUGGUAUGACUAGUUUGAGUCCAAAUUAUUCUUUUGCAAAUUAUGAUAAAGACAGGAUUAUGAAACUUGCAACACACUAUCCGAAUGAGUUUACUAAUUCUAUGCUUGGGGAUCUUGAUUUGAGCUUGACAUCUAUAUUGACUAUGUGCGAGAGGCAGGCAAUGAAUUCUCUAACUUGA